UAAAACAUCCACAGAUGGUGCCGAGUAGAGCGAGCAGCAGGCACACUACGAGAGCAGGAGUGGGAGUGUGUUUGUUUGUGUGUCUGAGAGAGAGAGAGAGAGAGAGACCGAUACAGAGACUCCUUGGAUAACCACUGUAUUGUCAAGCCAACAGGGUACUCGGUUGUAACACAGAACAAGAGCAGGGGCCAGUUUGCUUAGAGGAGUUGCAAGGAAAAGUCUGAAGAGAAGGAGUGAGUUAAUGGAGGACGAUUUAAAAAAAAAAAAAAAAAAAGAGACUGAGAGAUGCCCUGAUCCUUCCCAAGAGAGCAGGAGGUAAACCGCUGGUAAGCAAAUACUAAUGACCUGACAAAAAGGAGCAUUCAACAUCAGGCAGCCUUACCCUGGAGCAGCUCAAGCCCGCACGCACACGCACGCACACACACACAGACACACACACACACACACACAGACACACACACACACGUGAGCCCGUAGCCACUGCGUUCCACUCACUCAUGAUCGUUGCUCCCGCCACACGCAGUCACAAGGGACAACCGGAGGAGAGAGAGAAGAGGACAUUCGUCCUGUCACGGGACUUUGUCCAAGUUGAAGUCUUCCUUGGAUUCUUCUUCUUUUUUUUCUUCUUCUUUUUUUUUUUUUAAACGUACUGCUUUUGUGCUGACCUUUCCAAGCACCUUCCCUCCCAGGAGAAAAGAUGAGUUGCAGGAAAAGGUGCAAGCGGGAGAUCUUCAAGUUCGCACAGUACCUGUUCAGACUUGUCACGGGCACGCUUAACACCGACAGCGUUGAAGAUGAGCUGGAGCUAUCUACAGUUCGCCAUCGCCCCGAGGGACUGGAGCAGCUCGAGGCGCGGACUCGUUUCUCCCGCAAGGAACUUCAGAUCCUUUACCGCGGCUUCAAAAAUGAAUGCCCCAGCGGGAUUGUCAAUGAAGAAACCUUCAAAGACAUCUACGCACAGUUCUUCCCGCAAGGAGAAUCUUCAACGUACGCACAUUUCUUGUUCAACGCCUUCGACACGGAUCACAACGGCUCUUUGAGUUUCGAGGAUUUCGUCAUGGGCCUGUCUACCCUCCUGCGUGGCACGAUCCAGGAAAAGCUCAACUGGGCUUUCAACCUGUACGACAUCAAUAAAGAUGGCUACAUUACCAAGGAGGAGAUGCUCGACAUCAUGAAGGCCAUCUACGACAUGAUGGGGAAAUGCACCUACCCCAUCCUCAAAGAAGAGACGCCGCGUCAGCACGUGGAAGUCUUCUUCCAGAAGAUGGACAAGAAUAAAGACGGAGUGGUAACCAUCGACGAGUUCAUCGACUGCUGCCAAAAUGACGAAAACAUCAUGCGAUCAAUGCACCUCUUCGAAAACGUCCUCUAACUUUUUUUUCCGGCUGCCGACCGUGGAGGCUCCGGCGAGAAGAUCGUCUCAAGCCCUGCUCGGGGGGGG